UGUUGUGCGAAAAUAUUGCAUAAAAAAUGUGUCUUAUUGUAACGUAUUCCCUUUCGUGUUUGUAACUACCAUAAUAUGUUGCUAACUGAUUCGAAGUUCCAAACAACCGGUAGUUGAUCGUAAUACUCGUGGGGUAAGAAUCCUACGUUACACUCAAACACAAUGGUAGCUAACAUUCUCUGUAACAGCAUCUGAGAGCGCGGCCGCAUACGAUUUCGUCUGACCAUCGUUACUUUCUCUCUGAUGCGUUGCGAGUGGGUUGUUACUUAACACAGUAGGGUAAAGGGGCAAGACGGUCGAAUCGCUUCUAAUGAUAACUCACAAACAGUGUGGUAGAACAAUUAUUGAGUGUUAGUGUGAUGUGCGUGGGUUCGUAGUGAUGGUGGAACGCGAAGGGAUGCGUCGGGGUGGAGGGUGCGGCUGGGGUAGCGGUGUCUUCGGCAGGUGGUCGCUGCGGCGACUGCUGCUGGACAGCCCUUUGGUUGGGAGAAGACUUGCCCACUCAGUAUUAGACCAAGCAGACGGCCGGCCCGUGAAACUGAGUGGUGUUGAAACGCAAGCAAAGCAGGCUGCAGUCCAAUACAUAGCUGAAGACGAAGAGGGCGAAGUCCUAGACUGUCCGCUAUGCCUCUCCACAAUGAGCGCGUCGAGCAUGGUCCGGCUGGCGUGGUGCACUCACCGGUGUUGCGAGCCGUGCCUGCGCCAGUACCUCGCGAUAGAGAUCUUCGAGGCGAGGGUGCCGGUCAACUGCCCGGUGUGCCACGAGAGCAUGCACCCUUCUGACGUAAGGCGGAUAGUUGACAACCAAGCGUUAUAUGACAAGUAUGAAGAGUUCUCCGUUAGACGGGCCCUCGCGGCUGACCCCGACACGAGAUGGUGUCCGGCGCCUGACUGCAGCUUCGCAGUGGUCGCCACCGGUUGCGCAUCGUGCCCCAAGCUGACGUGCCUAGCGCCGGGCUGCGGCGCGUCGUUCUGCUACCACUGCAAGGCGGCGUGGCACCCGACGCAGACGUGCGACGCGGCGCGGCGCAGCCGCCAGCCGCCGCCCAGGCAGCCGCAGCCGUCGCACAACGAGAUGGAGCACGGUGAAGUGAAACCAUGCCCUCGCUGCUCAGUGUUAAUAGUAAAGGUGGAAGAUGGUUCAUGCAAUCACAUGGUGUGCUGUGUGUGCGGCGCGGAGUUCUGCUGGCUCUGUAUGAAGGAGGUCUCAGACUUACACUAUCUUAGUCCAAGCGGGUGCACGUUCUGGGGCAAGAAGCCGUGGUCGCGCAAGAAGAAGCUGCUCUGGCAGCUCGGCACGUUGGCGGGCGCGCCGCUCGGCAUCGCGGUGGUGGCGGGCGUGGCGCUGCCGGCGCUGCUCGUGGGCCUGCCGCUGUGGGCGGGCCGCCGGGCCCACCGCCGCCUGCGCCGCGCCAAGCCGGCCCGCCGGCGGGCCGCUGUGGCCGCCGCUGUUGCUGCUGCGCUGGUGGUAUCCCCUAUAGUGGCGGGUCUGGCGGUGGGCAUCGGCGUGCCGAUCCUGCUGUUCUACGUGUACGGCGUGGUGCCGGUGUCGCUGUGCCGCGCGGGGGGCUGCGCCGCGGCGCCCACGGACCGCGACCGUGACCGCGACCGCGACCGUGACCACGCGAUAGAUGUGGACGCGUAUUCGCGCCGCUUGGAGCCUAGCAUCGGAGACGCAUCGCUAUCCGCAGGCUCCGCGCACGCAGAGGUCCGAGCGCCGUCCCUAGCUGGUCUGGCCGGCUCGCUGGCGUCGCACGAGGCGCCCGACGCGGCGUCCCCCGCGGCGCACAGACUCGAGGUCACCGCUGACGUCACGGACACCACCAGCGCUGCAAGCUGGCCAGACGACCUACCCUCCACCUCCCGCCCCGCACGAUCCGCCGCCAGACUCCGCAGUCUCUUCCUCUACGGGUCAGCUGUCCCCCCGGACCCCGAAGCGGGCACCUCGACCCCGGACCCCGAAGUGGGGCGCGUCGCAACCCCCUGUGUGGAGGUGACCGCCGCGUGCGAGACGAAGUCGUAACGAACGGGGAGCAAGCGGAAGCUUCAUGAGAAUUAAGCGCCGCUGCAGUUCUAGAACAUUCGAGAAGAUGGAACAUUCGAGCACCGUUCUGGAACAUUCGAGAAUGAUAGAACAU